AAAAUGUAUUUCCCAUUAGCCGUGUUAUAAGCGUCUCGUUGCCAUGCGUAAUGAAACAAUAUCAGUAAUGGCUGCCACUAAUAUUCUUAGCUGAGAAAAUAGUAAAAAAGGCUAUAAGAAUGGCAGACCAAACCGAGGGAGUUCCAGUACCAACUGGAGAAGAAGUUACUCCUGAACAGAAGGCAGAAGAACCUACACAAGACCAGAAUGAGACAGAGGCUGCUCCAGCCCAAGAACCUGCUCCAGCCCAAGAAUCUGCAGAGCAGCAGGAACAACCAGAUGAUGGCCGUGGGGAAGACCCAGCACCUAAAGAAGAACAAGCAAAAGAGGAAGAAACACAAGAAGCAGAGAAGGAGCCAUCAGAUGUGAAACCAGAGACAACAGAGGUUGCUGAUAAACCUGAAGGUGAGACCCAGGCAGAAACUGCAGUUAAACCAGAGGGUGAUACGCCAGCUCAAGCAGAAACCACAGAAGAACCUCAGGCUGAACAAUCUCAAAAGCAGGAAGAGGAGUCUGCGGAAGAAAAACCUGCAGAGCAAAAAGUUGAAGCAAUUGCAGACGAAACAAAACAAGAGAAAGAAGAAGAGACGAAAGAAGAAAUAAAAGAAGGGAAAGUAGAAGAUUCUAAGGAAAGUAAAGAUGAGCAGCCUGCUCCAGCACCUACCCCUGUCCAGCAAGCUUCAACUGAAACAGAGCUGAACAAGGAGCCUGAACCUGAGGUGGACCCACAUGCUGUUACUCCUAGGUCAAAGGUCAACUUGGAAGCAACUGCCACAGUUAAGUUUGUCUUGAUGCCAAGUGGACAAGUGGUGACACAGGCUUGCACCCUGGGACAGACACUGGAACAAUUGAAACAACAUUUUAGCUCAGAGCUGAAGAUGCCAGUCAAUCUAAUUAUGCUUAUGUUUGAUGGUAAAACCAUGACUGAUGCUACUACCCUAGCAGAUCUGGGUGUAGGCCCCAAUGGUACCAUACAGCUAGAACUACAGUCAGCUGACCCAGUUAACACACCCAUAAAAGCAUACAGACCCCGGCAAGAAUAUCACAUGCCUGAUGUAAUCACAGUCAGAGUUCAAACAGAAGACAGUACAUAUAAAGAUGUAGUUGUUGAAAUUGAAAGAACAACAAGAAAGAAACCAUUCCUGGGUGGAUAUCGUCAUAAAAAGACAUCUAUAGAAUAUCAUCAUGCCUCCGCUCAAACCAUGCAGAAGCCCCGCCCACCAUCAGGAACCGAGAAAUAUUGUCGCGACACCCAGACAGUUGAGCAGCUUCAUCGUGUACAACAAACAACAAACGAUACUUCAACGCAGAUGACGGGGAUUGGUGUUUAUGUUUCUAACAUAGAGGAUAAACUUGUUACACCACAAAAAUAUACAACAGCAGAUGAAUACCAUAUGAUGAUAUUAACAAGGGUUGUCAUAAUACAGAAAUAUUAUAGAAGAUGGCUUGCCAAAAGAUAUGUUAAUAAACUGAAAGAAGAUAAGAGAAAACGUUUAGAAUUUGAAAGACUAGAAGAAAUUAGAAAGAAAAAAGAAAAAGCAGAUAGAAUUAAGAAAGAAUUUGAAAGAAGGAUGAAUCCUAAAACAAAAGAAGACUUUGAUCUUUUAUAUCAUGCUUUAGAAAAAUGGAGACAGGAAGAAUUAGCAAGAAUAGAUGAGACAUUAACUGGUGCUGAGAGGAAGGCUGCUCUAUGUAUGUUAUUAGAUCAAGAGACACAACUUAUAGCCUCCAUAGGUCGUCAUAAACUCGAGGCUGAUGGUGAAAAUAAAGACAAGAGAAUACAAGACUUUCUUGAUAAGGCUGCAGCCCCUAAGAAAUGGAGAGGUUUUGACGGAAAGCAUACAGAAAUGGACACUCCAUUUACAAUUCGCGCUAAAGAGCUGCGGGAUAUAUACAACAGUAUCAACAUGAAGUUUCUCACACAAGAUGAACGGCUUGAUGUGUUGUUAACCCUUAAACAUACAGUAAAGGAACAUGACUGUAAGUUGACACAGGAGAUUAUAGAGUUGAUAGACAGGGAGGCUGAUUUAUUGAUGCGUGGAGUGAAGGAAAGUAACCUUGAUGGUUUAAGGAAACGUAUCUCCACCCUUUUCCUGCAGUACAUCAAAACACCCACCUUCAACCCAGAGGCUGCCAAAUUACUCAAGGUACCUCAAGAUCCAUCAGUGUUGCGAAAGAAUAUUUAUUUCUGUCCAAGCUGCAACAGUUACCUACCUUCCACAGAGUUUGCCUUGUCCUCGAACUCUCGCAACGUCGGCAAAUGUCGUAGAUGUACCAAGAUUGAUAAUGACGCGAGAGUUAGACAAGAUUACAGUCUAUACAGAUUUCUUCUUAAACAGCUUCGUAAAGCUGAAGAACUCAUCGGAGAUGGAUCCAAAAUUGCAUUUUUGUUACAGGAGCAUGAUCUUCGCUAUUUGGUGGACAAGGUUUGGGGUGGACAGAGUAUCCUUAGUGCUUGGGAUGACUUGUUUGAUCUCACUCUUGUACGCUGGAACAAGCACGAGGAAUGGUCACCAUGGAAUUGUAUACUUCUUACCAAAGAUGAGGCAUCAGCCCACCAGAAACUUGUCAGUUUGGAUGAGGGUUACGGUAACGUGUUCAUACAGAAAGUACAGCAAAAACACGUGUUGGCACGGAACUAUUUCUCCCGCCUUCCUGGUAUUGCUGAGCACGUGAAAGAGCGUGCUAAUGAGCGCGACACACGGUCAGGACCUUCAAUACAGGGACAGGCAGUCUCAGUGCAGUAAUUGUGAGAAAUCAUGAGAACUCUUUGCUAUAUUAUACUUAAAUAAAAA